AUGACCUCCUCCACUGCGAGCGAGGAAGAGAAUCAGGUUAAAAUGCCUCUGCAUCGACGCAUAGCAGAGGAAUAUAAAGAGUACCUUCAGGCGGUGGCAGUCGUUUUGGUUGCAGCUGUGUUGGUUGCUCCCCUCAAGGUUCUUUCCACUGCGUGGCACGUUGCAGCUACAGCUUUGGGAGUGGCACUCGGCCUUGGCAUUGGACUGGGGUUAGCAAUGCAUGUAUACCAGCAACUAGAAGAUAUAAGAGUUAAAUAUGAGUUGGAAAAGCGACGGAAGAAGAAGCGGAAGAGCAAGCUACCUCGAUUGCCACAAUCCAGCUCCAAUGCAGUUCGAGAACCAUCGUUGGAAGACAGCGCUUCUUAUGUUUCGUUGAUGUUUCUGGCAGGCUAUCCAGUUGAAGAUAAAGUUCUCCGUGGGCAAGUAUUGCGGGAAAAUUCGCCGUUUUGGGACGUAGAAUAUAAAUUCACUGAUGUGGAAAUCUCAGAACAAAGGGCGCCCACCAUGAUGAAACAGGACUGGCCAAGCUUGCCACCACAGAUUGCUACGGAGCUGGGGCGCUUCAUAGAGCAUAUCAUGAGGGACUUUAUCGCAGGAUGGUACAGUAAAGUAGAUGGUGGGUGUGUCUUUCGAGAAGAAAGCGAGAAACGAAAAGAGGGCAUUCUUAGUGAUGGCCGAAGAUCAAAGGAGUUUCAGGAGCUUGAGAAUGAAAAAGAGUCUCAGGCGAAUCCAAUGCAACGCAAAAUGGUAUUUUCUACAAUGACACAUCGUAGAAUACCCAUGUUGGACCAAACCUAUCGACUAAUGACCCAAGUUUUUGGAAAUUUGGCCACUCGAGCGGAACACGUCAACGUCUUUUCUUUGGUCCUCUUGAAAUGGACCCAAGUCCUGGCCCGGACGUUUCGGGUAUACCGAGCCUUGCGAACAAGUGCCAAAGAGAAGAAUGAGACAGCGAAUCCCACCGAGGUCCAGAUCACCCGCGAGUUUUUGCUUUCUGGGAAAUUGCAUCGUGCUAUUACGUUCGGACUUGAUGUCCCAUCGUUGCUGUUUGCUGACGCUUCUGGAGAAGAGUGCGGAACGGGUACAAAUCAGGCAGCAGAGAAUCCAAUGCAAGUACUGGAGGAAAGACUUUACAAUACUCCCCUUCUCCGAGAGUGCGAGUUGGACUACAAUCGAAUGCUGGCAAACCGUCUAGUCCGCGCAUUGCUACCCAAAGGGGAUUGUUCCUCUCCAGUAACAAUAGCCUUGUUGGUGGAACUCUUUGGCAAUUUUGUAUUGCUUCCAAUCAUGAAUAUUUUUUCACCGCUGUUUCUGAACACACUGGUCGUUCAACUCUGCGAUAGAUUGCAAGGCAUAGAAAACACAAACACAACUGACGAAACAAAUAUAGGGUCUUUUCACGAUGAGGAACCGUCCAAAAAUGCCGCCGAGGAGGCGAAAGGAACCGCUCAGUCCAAACCAGAAGCAAAAUCUUCACGUGCUAAUGUCUCUGUUGAAAAUGAAACGACGAAAGACGGAGGACGUUCACAAUUAGAAAUUGACACAGCGACUACACAAUCGGACGAUGUACGGCCGUCAAGAAGUUCAAUGACAAGAACCUCUUUGGUAACUCCCACCAAAAGUCAGGACGCGGAUGAAUCCAACUCGCACUUUGUGGAAGAUCCAGUGGGUGAUCUUAUUCUCAAAUUGGUCUCAUCCGCGCUUGAUAAAAUGCAGAAACAUAUCAACGUUGAUUCACGUCAAGGAAUUCAAGAAGGCAACGACGAGAAUCGAGUAGAUUGGGAUAACUCUGAUUGUCAAGCAGCUGUUUUGAAACUGGUGAUGCUAGUCGAAGCAAUCUUGUUGCAUGGACGAUGUCAGUUCCGUAAGCCGAUGCCUGCGAAAGGUGAGGAAGUUGAGCGGUCUACUGAAACCGACAGUGAACUAUCCAGCAAAGAAGAUCUCAGCUUUGGCGAGUCCUUGCCCCAGCUACUAAUGGAGAUGACCUCAAAUAUGGCGUCCUUCGAAGCCAAGAUUAAUCAAACUAAUGAGAAGAAUAUUCAAGAACUCAUGGAGAAUUCGGACAUGGAUUUUGAACCAGCACAAGAUGAGGUUUCGACCCUCAGAACACUUGUGUCAACAUGGUUGCAUUCUGGUCAACUAUCGAGAGCACUUUCGUUGUUGGUCAAGGGGUUCCAUUCCAUUUUUGCUCCUUUCUAUAGCACUGACGCAUUUCUCUCUAGUCCAGAGAAUGCUGAAGUGUUUGCAAGUAUGUUUGAUGCCUUAAAUGGAGUUGAGAUCAUGGUUGAGACAAUGGCUGUAUUAUCAAGUCCGCGAUUGGACCUUGAGAUUGAAUCGUCAAACCUACUUGCAUCAUCUGCAAGUAAGCGCACGCCAAAGGCGUGGAGUGUGGUAAAAUCUGCAAGCUCAAGAGUGGGACCAGAUGGCGAUCAAUGGUCUAUGGAUCCCACGUCCCAUUUCAACACAAUGACUACGCCAAGAUAUCUUGAUUUCCACAAAAAUCUAGGAUUUGCUUCGAGUUUGCGGGAGGAACGGGAGAGACGGACGAGAUCGUGGGUAACUCGUAAAUGGGACGACUCAAUACAGUGUGUUCAUCGGAAAACAUCCUCCAAUACAGAGAUUGAGCUUCAUCAGGAACUCCACAAUCUAGCACGAAAUUUCUACAACGGAACGAACUACAUGUGUGUGCGAGAUGCUGUACGCAAGAACGGAGAUAAAGUUGCUCUGAUGACAGUUGAGGUUGUUUCCAAUAAGCGUCGAAUUGAAGUACCUGAUGAUGACUCUUCUUUUCUGCUUAGAGCACAGCCCCGAGCACUGAGCCCAGUCAGCGUUCAUCGCGAUGAUAGAAACCAUGACUUGAGCUACAAAUGUUUCUCGGCAACAUAUGAAGAGCUUUCAUCAGGAGCAGCUAGAUAUAACAAUGGACGAUAUCUAAGGCAGUGUUUUUUGCAAUACUAUCCGACAGACAGAACUGCUUCCAUCGCCGUGCAUAACGACGCCCGAAAGAUCGACAAGCGGAAAGGUAAAUCACGUUUCCCCGAUGCCGGUGGAAGCAAAAGCGGUAGGCCUGUUCCAUUUAUUUCGCCCGAAAUGUUGCGCAAGAGACACUUAUGCCAAAAGUGGGCAGAAAAGAAAGAGACUUCAGUUUCAAGUUUCUUCUCGAGUACAGUGAUGGAAGUGGCCGAUUUCAACGCAGUCCCCAGGACUGGAAAGGCAAUUGACUUCAUCUACCGUAUGUCCCUGUUCGACCAGCCAGCAAUUUCUAUUGCUGGGAAACGAUUCCUUGUUCAAGAUUCUGCUUCCAGGGGUGCGCACAGAGCAGAUGCGAGUGCGAUGGAGAUUACUGAUGCUUCUUUGAGUGCACUGUUACUUUUGCUUGGUAGGGAGUACCAAUUCCAUAGUCGCGACGACCAAAGUUCGGAAGGAUUCAAGCACGAUGUCGAGUGGGGUCCCGAUGGUUAUCCUAUGGUCUUUAUGAAGAGUAAUAAAAAGCAAGGGGACCAAGUCAGUACAGAGAUGAAGCCAUAUAGAGCAUCGUUUGUACGGGCAGCAUUGAUGGUUACAUCAGCGAGGCAAGAAGCUCAACUACAGUGUUUGAAGGCCUGUGUUCUCGCUGGAUCUGCAAAAAGUGCUACACGAGGUCGGAUUGAGUUGUAUCUUAAGCCCACGCUCAAAAUUUUGAGUUUCGCAAAUGAUCGCGGUUCAGACAGAUCGAGAAUUUCCAGCCUGCUUCGCGACUUGAAAUUGGGCGUUUAUCAUAUCGAUCGUGAGCAACUCCGUCGAAAUGGAUUGCUGUCUCCGAGGAAUCCAACAACGCUUCUCGAGCUGAAAGCAGAGGUUGAGGAGGCCGUUGAAGCAAAAGACGUCCCCUAUCCGAUUGGAGGAAAAAUGCCACCAGCGACGAUACUGUACAAGGUAAGGUGUAAUGCACUUGUCGCAUACUCUGGUGACGACGACGAAGAAGAUGACAUUGAAUCAUAUCUUGAUGAGGGUCAAUUGCCUGCGCAGUUUCGCGAGUCUUGGGUUGUCUAUCGAACAAUCAAGGACUUUCAGUCAUUCCACAAGCACAUUAAGACGCAAGUUGCCCUCAAGGAAACAUCGGCAGGUACGGGGUCCCGUCUUGUUGGUGCAGCGACAGCGGCUUUUGUGGCUACCACUCAGGGCCGUCGUGCAAGGAAUGUGCUGGUGCCAUCAUUGAGCAAAACAGGUGGACUUGCUUUGACCAAGAAUGCCGUAAUACAGAGAGGAGAACUCCUGAGUGAGUAUCUUGGCGACCUAUUGCUGUCGGAAAACCUAAUAAAUGGAUGCAUGGAGUUGCUGCUCUUCUUGGGUGCAGCCCAUCCAUUUCCCCCGGAGGUCAAAGUCAUGCAGACUCCGUCAAAUUAUAUCGAUCCUCUUGGACGCUCUUGUUUCGAAAGAAAAGCUGUUGGUAAUGAAAUAAUUUCCGCGGCCCGGUCUAUUCCAAGAGGAAGGGUCUCUGUCUCGUCAACCGCAUAUGACAUCCCAUCUAGUACCUCAACCGAGUCAAUCGACACAGGAGGGGGGUUUGAGGGCGUUACAGAACAGGAGGAUAAAGUCGACCAAAUUCCAGCAAUCCUCAACAAAGUAGAUCAGGUUCCUUUGGCUGAAGUUCGGAACCGUAUAGUUGAGCUUGUCAGAAGUCAAUUUGGCUUCGAGAAUGCAUCGUUUUUUCGGAGUCAAUUGCUUGCUGCUUUGGAAACAGCUUCUUUUGUAGCGAUGACAAAAACGAGCACUUUCAGAAGUCUUAUGCAUGACCUGCACACAAGACACCUAAAUCCUGAGGCCCUAGCACGUCUAGUUCAGCUAUUGAUCGACAUCAUUUGGCCCGACGGUGUUUUCAUGGCAGCACGAACGCCACUCACGGCGGCCGAGGAAGUAGAAAUGAAGAAGGCGGCGCAGACAAAACUUCUGGAAAUUUUCCCAGAGCAGAUUAGUGCUGUGUUGGGAGAUGACCUCACAAAGGAUGGCCUUGACAUGGUGCACGAAAUGCUUCAAAACAGAGUGGUAGUCAAGAGUCUAUUUUAUAUGCUCGUCGAUCUGCUUUGGAUCGAAGUCUUUCCUGAAUUGAGAGACUCGUUGUCUGGAGACGAUCCACUAAAUAGGUGA